AUGUUGCCGCCUUCACCAGCACCUAGCGAGUGCGAUUCGCUCGACGGCAUUGACGACCUAGACGCCUUCCUCGCCUCACAGGGACAGCUCUCGCAAUGGCCCACUCCGCCCUCGCUACAGAAAGACGCCCUUGUCGAAACGACUGAAAUUGAUGCAGACGCUGAAACAGAAUCUGAGUCUGAUGACUUUCGCCAUAUCGCUACAACCCUGUCAGAAGCAGGCAGCAUCGAUAUCCAGGCUACCCCUCUCGAUGUCGAAAUCAUUCGCAACAUGCUAUUACGCGCCGACUUGCCCAUGGAAGUCAUCGCCUUGGCGCUCAACAUACUUUCUGGACUCCACACCCAGGAAUCGAAAGCCACUUCCUUCACCGAUACUCCACCUGACUUAAUCGUUGUCGGCGCAUUCAGCCUGGCCGUAUCGUAUACCAACGACCACGCACCGCGUCCGUUUUGGUGGUCCCACUUUAUCUGCGAUUGUCACUGGACAGCGAAACGAAUUGGUCGCACCGUUUGGAGAAUGUUGGAGGCCCUGGACUUCGGCCUGCACCAGUUCACUCGGGAAGAGUGCAUGGAGAAUGCAAUGAGUCGACUUUCGGAGCCAGCAGAACCGGAGCCGACUUUGACUGAAAUGCCACCCUUGAAGCUUCAGAUCGACAGUAACAUUACUCGUUGGGAGUACGGUCAACUCACACCAGAUGCCACACCGCCUUGUUCAGCAUCACCGGCCGUCCACUUAGAGGACGAGGCACCACCACUUGGAUGGAGGAUGCCGCUCAUGAGAUUCUUACCACUGCUUUGA